AUGCCCAUUCACACCUCUACGACAGAGAUCUCUAGGGCAAUCGAUAGGUCGUUUGAUGCAGGCUUACAACCACCGGCCGAUGACACUGCGGAAGAAAAGUUCUUCCUGUGUAACCCAAGGCCAGAAUACCUUGACGACCUUAUAAAGGAGGCCGAUGACUUUAUCCAGGCCCAACUCUCGAUGGAAAGAUCUCGAAUUGUUUUGGUAACAUCAGGUGGAACCACAGUGCCCUUGGAGAAUAACACAGUUCGGUUUAUCGACAACUUUUCUGCCGGCACUAGAGGUGCAUCCAGUGCCGAACAGUUUUUAUAUGAGGGCUACUCCGUUAUCUUUCUGCAUAGAGAGUUUUCCCUGACGCCGUUCAAUAGGAGCUUCACCCACAACAGUGACACAUGCUUCCUGGAUUAUUUCGACCAACAUGGUGGCCUAGCUCCGAAAUACAAGGAAAAGUUGUUGGCAAAUAAGUUGCUCUUUGACAAAUACCUUCACGAGGAGAAAAGACUUCUUUUAUUGCCGUUCACCACAGUGAACCAGUACUUAUGGUCCCUGAAAUCGAUCGCCCAACUUUUGAACAGCAGUGGCAGUUUGUUUUAUCUGGCAGCUGCUGUCAGUGAUUUUUUCGUGCCGCACUCCAAGCUUCCUGAGCACAAAAUCCAGUCCAGCGAGUUUCACGAGCCUGGUUCAAAUUCCAAUUCAAGUCAUCAUACGCCGGUAGAUGGGAAACUAAUCGUUGAUCUAGAUCCAGUCCCCAAAUUUUUGAAGAGAUUGGUGACGUCGUGGGCUGCCCAAGCAAUGAUUGUGUCCUUCAAACUGGAGACAGAUGAGAGUAUUCUAAUCAAAAAAGCCACACAUGCGUUGGACCGCUACAACCACCAGUUGGUCAUCGGCAAUUUACUACAAACAAGAAAUAGGGAGGUGGUUUUUGUUUCCGAGCAAAACCGCAAAGGCUCAUGGAUACGGAGCAACUCCGGAGAACAGAUCAUCGAGGCGAUGAUUGUUCCAGAAGUCAUCAAACAUCACAAUAUAUGGAUAAGCCAGCAGGCAGAGCAAUCGUGA